AUGCAUCCCAAGCCGAUGAAGAGUUGGAUCCCCAACAUGUUCCGAAUGGCAAGUUCUCCCCUUUCAAACCUCAACUCCCGCCUUUCCCCGGGGCAUCUAUCUCGCAAACUUAAAUCGGUCGAUCGAUAUAUGCCUGGCAACACGCUGGAUGUGAUCACUCUGUUCCACAAGCCCAGCAUCCCCGCGUCAGUCCGCGUCCUGAACCAGCUCAAGCAAGCAUCCGCCCAAGCCAGCGAGACGGCCACGGAAGACCAGGCGUCCGACCACACGCCGCAGAACACCGCCGUCACGCGCGACCCGUUCGAACUCGAGGUCACCGAGGCCCCGCCCACGCCGGACCAGCUCAAGAGUAUCUUCGAGUAUCUCGGCCCCGGGGUUGCGGGCGAGCUGGUCAAGGGGGCCGCGAGCCAGAGCGAUGCCCUGAGGAAAGUGCAGGAGAAUGGUGAUGCGUUCACGAGACCGGUCGUCGUGGAUUGGCAACGGGCCAAGGCUGUGAUUGGAGACAAGGAGAGCGAGAUCCUCAAGCUGUUGAAGGCCGAAAACGACAAGGCGUAA